UGUAAUCGAAACCGAAUGAUCAAAUGUGCGUCUAAAAACUGGUUCAUUACAACUAUUGUGAACUCUCAUGCAGAAGUUCAGACCUAAACUAAAAAGUGAAGUUGUAUUCCAGUUUCAAGAAGAAGAAGCGGAGGAGGCGGUAACUGACUGACAUAAUGCACGCAGGCGUGUGGAGCGAUAAUAGUCACCACAAUCGGACCUAUGGAGUGGCCAACCCCGGUUAUGUACCAGCAGCAGCGGCGGUUGGACCUGCAAUGUUCGCCCCACCCGCAGCUGGUUCCCCGGGCCCUAGCGCUCCUCCAGCCAGCAUGUUUGACAGCAUGCCUGGCUAUGAAGGAACAUUAGCAGGAGGAGGAGGUGGAUUUCUUCCCCCUCCAAUGCCUGCUUACCCAGUACCUCAGCCUGAACCUGGACCUGAACAACCACAUUGGAAUAUCCCAUCUAUAAGUGAAGACACUGCCCGGGAGGCGUUUGUCCUGUUCGCCUCCAGCAAGUGCUGCUAUAGUUCAGCACCAGCAAAGGACGGUGUGAUCACCGGCAUGGAAGCAUUCAAUACCUACAGGUACCGCCUGGAAACUUUCACUGAAUCAAGAUUAACAGAGUGGAGUCAUGAGCCAUACAAUGGCCAACCUGUGGAUGCCUUUUCCCAACCACCCCCAGGACCUUGGGAUAUACCUGCUCAAGCCCCCAGUUUUUUUAUGGAUGGCAAACAGACUAUCAAAGUUCCUUACACAUCAUCUAUGAAGCCUUGCCAUGUUUGCCUGGGAAUGGGGAGAAAACCUUGCAGAGACUGUGCCGGUGCUGGUAAUAAAGUUUGUUGGGUCUGCAACGGAUCUGGUUACCGCCACGGAGAUGAUCGAUGCCACCACUGCAGCGGCAGAGGGAGGGACAAUUGUAGCCACUGUCACGGACAAGGAUCGACCCAGUGUCCCACGUGUCGUGGAAAACAACAGCUUCUGGUCUACAUCAACUUGACUGUGAAAUGGACCAACAACAUUGACAACUAUGUGGUGGAACAGUCAAGUGGACUGCAGGUGGACAACCUCAGCAAGGUGUCUGGCAAGGAGCUUUUCAGAGACUCUCAGUACAUGGUGUACCCAGUGGUAGGCUUCCCAGACCCUGCUGUGGUGCAAGCUGCACAGCGCCUUGUCAAUGAGCACCAGGGCAAGUACUCCCAGACAUCACGCAUUCUGCAGCAGCGUCAAACCAUAGAGCUGAUCCCCGUCACCAAGGUGACCUACUCAUGGAAAGGGAACUCACACAUUUACUUUGUUUACGGGAACGAAUUCAAAGUUAGCGCGGAUAACUAUCCUGCAACCUGUUGCUGCUCUGUAAUGUAACGGCAAUUGAUUGCAUGUGAAGAUUUUUCCCAGAUCAGUGGGUAUCAAAAUGAGUCACUUUCACUUACAAAGUCAGUUAGAAGUCACGUUUGAUGUUCAGUAAAGUUCACUGACUAACCAGCUGCGCAGGCAGUUUUUAUUAAUGUUGGAAAUGUUACGUGCCAUUUGCAUGCAAGCACCAUGAAGAAGAAUUGUUUACUGCCACGCAGGGGCGCCGUAUAGGGGGGAAAAGUUCCAUCAUGAUUGAGUAUAUAUAUUUCAAAUAUAACAAUGAAAUGAAUUAUCUCUUUGUUUUUACGUGUUUUGUGCAGUAAAAGUUAAAUAAAAAUGGCCUU